AUUUUGCUAUCAAUUGAACUAUUUCAAAGACUGAACUGAUAAAACGCAAAACGUAUCAAAGACUGAAAGUUCUAGGGAUCGAUAUCAUGGAGAAUUCAACAAACCUUACGGAAAUUGAAUAUCAAGAAAGUCAGGACAACACCAGAAAGCAAAAAUUAGUUGUGCUGAGUCUCAAGUUCAUUCUAGCUUUAUGGAUAUGUUUGGGAAACACUCUAGUUAUUAUCGCAUAUUCAAAGUUUAAGUCGCUGCGCUCCGUUACUAAUUACUGGAUUCUACAUUUAGCAGUCGCUGACCUUUUCAUGGGGCUCUCAAUGUUUAUAGAGUUUGGUUCAUUUUUCCAAAGAACUGUUUUAUCUGGUUGGUCAAUGUACAUUUACUGUGCAUUCCUGUCAUUGACAAUAAACCUGUCAAUCUUUAUGACAAUUUCCUUAUUGGUUGCUGUUACUGUAGACAGAUAUAUCGCCAUCUUUUGGCCACUGAGGUAUCAAACGCUGAUCACGAUGAAAAAAGCUCACAAAGGAAUAACAAUUUUAUGGAGUUCAAACAUUAUAGUUAUACUGACUGCAGCUAUACAUUGGCGAUUAGAAACUAAAGAAGAAAUAUACUGUCAAAUUGUUCCACCAAUCAUUGAAUAUUCCUACAUUCCUGGGUUUCUAGCAGCAGCUGUGAUAAUUGUAACUCUUUAUGUUCACAUUUUCACAGCAGUAUACAAUCAAGCUAAAAAAUUACAACCACAAAUCGAAACGAGCAAACGGGAUAAAAAUAUCAAGAAGAAUCUUAUUAUUCUUAAAACUGCAUUUUUCGUGAUUGGAAUUUUCUUAAUAAGCUGGGUUCCAAGUAUAGUGACCUAUGGCUGCAUGAUAUAUGGUGGGCAGACUCAUCUAGAAACAGUUUUCCUGUACAUUGAAUUAUUAGCAUACGGAAACUCUGGAAUUAACCCAAUUAUAUAUGCAUGGAGACUCAAAGAAUUUCGCAGAGCAUUCUGUGCACUUUUGCACAUCAAACAUCAUGUGACUCUAGAAUAAUAUAUAAAAUCGCAAUCAAUAAAACAAAUAAAUAUCCUUAAAAUAUCUAAUAAAGAAAUAUAGACUGAAGAGCAGCUAUUAUAUUGAGGAAUAAAUAUCACAGGGCUAGGGACAAACAUUUUCUGUACCUGAAUGAUCGAAGGGAGUGAGGGUUUCGAAAAGCUUUUGUGCCUAGCCAUACGGAUUUUAUUACAUGAUAUAAUACCUGACCUGAGGUCUAUAUUAUGAUUUGGUUAAGCUCACAUCAGUUUAAAGUAGAAACAAGAAGACAUAC